AAAUAAAUAUUGUGCCCAGAUUACGCCGGGCAAACUUUGUUUUUAUCUAACAGACGCAGAUUGAUGAAUUGGAGCGUAUAUUUGGACACCUUGAUUUUAUCGACUGGUAUUUAAAGUAAAUAUUUACUACUUUUAAACUUACGUGGAAAUGGCGGGUCAGGAGAAAAUUCCUGAAAUAAUGAUAAUCUCGGACGACGAAGAACCGCCACCACCAGCCCCGGUAGUUUCGGAGCCCAAACAAGCUGAGGAAGCACCGGCCUUGGCUCCAGUUGAAAAUCCGAAACCCUCCACCCCUGUGACUCCUGCACCCGCUGUUGAUCAGGGUGUGCUUCAAAAUAAAUCUGAGGUGGAAAAGGCGCCAGAACAAAUGGCCGUUGACGACAACGACAGUGACCUGGAGCUUAUAGAAGAAGUUCCAGUGCAGAAGUCGGCCACCAUCACCCCAAAAAAGGAAUCGACCCCCAUACCGGCUGCUGUCCAGCCUGCUCCAAUUCCUCCAGUCAAAGAACUAGCCCCUGUUGAAGCACUCGAGGUUCUAGUAAAGAAAGAAGAGCCCCCAAAAGAGGAAGUAAAACCUAUGAAAAUAGAGGGAAAUUCUCCUAAGAAACUGGACAGGAAGUUGAAGAAGAUAUUAUGCUGCAACAUUGACUGCAGAAUGAAUAACAAUCAAUUUGUUGAGGCACCCCUGCUGACAAAGAGCUUCUUUGAGGUCAAAAAUGAAAACAAGAUCUCUAUGGUUUGUGAGUCCUGCUCUCGCUCCGUUGCCUUGUUUAAGGAGAAAUGCUUAGACAUGCUUGAAAAGGAGCAACCAAUUGUCAACGCAGUGCAGUAUUUGCCUAGUAAAGACAUGGUUGUCCUUGAUGAUUCUGACGAGGAAAUCAGCCCUGAAGAUUUACCUGAUGACGAUGAGAAGUUUGAAAUUGACUUAGAUAUGGUGAAUGAAGUUUUUAGUGAUUUCGAACUCAAGUACAAAAUUUCGGUCCAGGACGAGAAAUGUUAUGAGUCACUUUUGAAGUCUAAAGCAAGCGUAGAAGAUGAUUUUGCUGAAUUAGAUAAGGAACUAGCUAAGUGUUACAAAACAUUGGAUGAUUGCCGAGCACAAAUUUACAAUCCAUGGAAACCUGAAGCAACAAGCAUCGGAUCUGUUGAUACUGAGGUGGACACACAACCAGGUUUGACUGCUUACUCUGCUCCAGUAGCUUAUCAAAAGCGAAAGGGUGCCGUAGCUAUGAAGAAGGUGACUCAAGUUCACCACGCGAGAUUUUCACAGCCUUCCACCUCACGUCCUCCGGAUGACAUAAUAGCUGAAGUUCCUCGUGCCCCUAUCAUGGCAACUUUAGUGUCUCAGAAAGUACCACCAAAGGGGCCUUUUCAGUCUGCAGCAAUCAAUAUUGGUGAUGAGGUUUACGGCAUGAAAUCUGGUCUUUACCACGAAUGGCUGAAAGGUCGAGUUUUGGAAAUAUCCCAAAAGAAUGGCGAGCAACUCUUCAAAGUCAAAUUCCUGAAGACCAGUUCACCUAACAAGAAUUUGAAUGGAAGGCAAAUUGCUUAUGGAGAAGAGGCCAAGUACCAGUUCGAAGUGGGACACCGUGUCAUUGCCCUUUUCCACAACCCAGAAGAAAGCGGCUCAAACAAAUUCCUGUUUUAUGCAGGAAUUAUUGCCGAGUGCAUCAAAGUCACUAACAACUAUAGAUACUUGAUUUUCUUUGACGACGGCUGCACUCAGUAUGUGCCUCAUGACCAUGUUCGACUUGUUUGCAAGCGAUCUGUAAAUGUCUGGGAUGACUGCCACCCUGAUAUACGAGACUUCAUAAGAAACUACUUAGACAUGUUUCCUGAGCGCCCCAUGGUUCGCUUGGCUGUCAAUCAAAAGGUCAAAACUGAGUGGAACACUCGCUGGUGGUUGACAAGAGUAAAAGAGGUAGACUGCUCAUUGGUGCUUGUGCACUUUGAGGCUGACAACCGCACAGAAUGGAUCUAUCGUGGAUCACAACGAUUGGCGCCACUCUACUAUGAGAUGCAGAAAAAGCAAAUGCAGAAAAACAGCAAGGUCGCUGUCCGACUUCACAGAGGCUUGGCUUCUAAUGCGAGUAGAAAGAACCAUGCAGAAAUUGAAUACCCUAGGAUGCUUGAUGAUGAUGAUGAACUGUCCAUCACCUUCAUAGAUGCUCAUGGACAGAGGCAAAAAGUUUCCCGAGCUGUCGCCAAGAAGAGCACCGUUAAUCGUCCUUUCAAUAAUGUUGUCAGUUUGCCAGACCGAAGAGAAAACUUUGGUGAAACCAUUUCCGAGAAUCUGGGACCUGGAAAGUGGAUGAAUCCUGUCGAGGUUCACAAUUGUUCUCCUAAGUGCAUCACCGAGACGGAAAAUUCCUACAAAGAGGGUGACAGAGUCCUUUGCAACCCCAUGCUGAUCCCACUCAACCAAGGAUGGGGCAGGGAGACAACCACAUAUCGGAACACAAAGCUGCAAGUUUUUUACCGAGGUCCGUGUGGCCGGCGCAUGAGGAACAUGCAAGAACUGAUGUGUUAUUUGAGAACAACCAAGUCCACUUUGUGUGCUGACUUGUUUUCCUUUGACCCUGCCUUGAGAAUAGAGAGCACUUUCAUAGUUGAAAAGCCUCUUUACUCUAUAAAGGAUAUUUCCUAUGGCAGUGAAAAUGUGAAGAUCCCAUGUGUGAACACCAUUAAUCACACUGAAUAUCCAAUGUAUGUGAAUUAUUCAACUGCGAGGACACCCUCUGCAAAAACUUUCAUCAACCCCGAUCCUGGAUUCCUUGUGUGUUGUGACUGUAUCGACGACUGUCAGGACAAAACAAAAUGCGCUUGCCACAAAUUGACUGUUGACGAGGCAAAAAUUCUCGAGCCAAACCAGGACCCAAUGAAAGUGGGUUACAACUUUCGCCGUCUGAACCUUGGAGGGCAACAAACAACUGCUAUAUUCGAGUGCAACCAAAACUGCAAAUGCUCCGAAAACUGCCUGAACAGAGUUGUUCAACACAAAAUGAAAUCUCAACUGCAGCUUUUUAAGACAGAAAAACGAGGUUGGGGACUGAGGGCCUUGAAUGACAUUCCAGCCGGUACCUUCCUUUGCAUAUACGCUGGCCAAAUCAUGACGGAGCAUGAAGGAAAUGAGGAAGGAAAGCAAUUUGGUGAUGAGUAUUUGGCCGAGUUGGAUUAUAUAGAAGUGCUAGAAAGGUGUAAGGAGGGUUAUGAAAGUGACGUGACUGACAUUGAAGACGCUGACUUCGAUGGAUCCAAGUGCAACGAGGAGGAGUCUGAUGAUUCCAACGAUGGAGAUUUGCCCGGCCAGGCCGCAGAGGACAAAGAUUUCUUAACCUCGAUUAGCAAUAUUCAAGUUGCAGAGGAUUCUGGAGAAAAAAGAAUGUCUCUGAGAAAACGAAAGGAAGGCCAAACCGAAGAACAGACAAACGAGGAAGAGCAUCCGGGCAGCCCAGGCAUGCACAAAGGAGAGGUGAAAGCCCCCAAAGGUUACAACCCUGAAAAAGAGGUCACCCAGUUGGGCAAAGUCAGCAUCAGAUAUUUAAUUGAUAGAUCUGAGGACAUUUACGUCAUGGACGCAAAGAGUGUUGGAAAUCUCGGCCGUUACUUCAACCACUCCUGUGACCCUAAUGUCAUUGUCCAGAAUGUCUUCGUUGACACUCACGACCUGCGCUUUCCCUGGGUGGCUUUCUUUACAAAGAAGCAUGUGCCUGCGGGCUCAGAGCUUUGCUGGGAUUACAAUUAUGAAAUUGGCAGCCUUCCUGACCGACGACUUGACUGCUAUUGUGAAUCUGCCAAUUGCAGGGGCCGACUGUUGUAAAUAUUUAUUUUUUGCUUUUAUCAAAAAUAAAUAUUCCUUUUUAAGAAGCCUAAA